UCGAUAUACUCACAGCACAGGGGGGAGGGCCUUGUCUGCUUUCAAUCAAUAACCUCUGGAAUUCAGAAAUACAAGUAGGUCCUGUCUCAGGCAGGCUGUACCACACUCUUGGAGGGCGGGCUCCCAGGCACACUCGACGAAAAUCCUCCAUCUGCUCUUUGGCGUUCCCUGCCUGUUUCCGCAGGUCUGACUGUGUUUUUGGCCCAUCACAAUGGCUGAUCACACUUCUCCAGAUUACUUCAACUGCUCCCUGUGCCUGAACCUUCUGAGGGACCCCGUGGCCAUCCCCUGUGGCCACAGUUUCUGCAUGGACUGCAUCAGUGGCUACUGGAACGAGGCUGACUACACAGGGAUUUACAUUUGUCCCCAGUGCAAGAUCACGUUCACCCAGAGGCCUGUGCUGCGGCCCAACGCCACCCUGAGCAUGGUGGCUGAGAAGAUCAAGAAGAGCGGGCUGACCCUCAACCUCAGCACCUCCCAGGGGAACAUCUACGCCGGGCCGAGCGACGUCCCCUGUGACUUCUGCUCGGGGAAGAAGCUGAAGGCCGUGAAGUCCUGUCUCAACUGUCUGGCGUCCUACUGCGAGAAGCACUCGAAGCCCCACUACGAAUCCGCCACGUUCAAAAGGCACAAGCUGGUGGAGCCGCUGGUGAACCUGGACAGGAAGAUCUGCCCGCAGCACCAGAAGUCCCUGGAGCUCUUCUGUCGAACGGAUCAGAUGUGUAUCUGCGCUAUCUGCACAGUCAGCGAGCACAGGGGCCACGACAUAGUCUCUGCUGAGGCGGAGAGGGGCGAGAAACAGAAACUCCUGGGAAUCUCUCAAGCCGAGAUUAGACAAAAAUGCCAGGAGAGGGUGAAGGAGCUGGAGGAGCUGAAGACCGCGGUGGACUCGCUCAAGAACUCUGCCCAGAGAGCCAUGGUGGACAGCCAGAAGAUGUUCGAGGACAUGAUCCGCUCCAUCGAGAGGAUGAGGUCAGAGGUGACCAAGCUGAUCGGGAUCAACGAGAAGGCCGCUUUCAACCAGGCCGAAGCUCUGAUCGAGCGACUGGAACUGGAGAUUGACGAACUGAAGAAGAAGGAGUCGGGCCUCAAGCAGCUGUACAGCACCGAGGACCACAUCCACUUCUUGCAGAACUUCAACUACCUCUGCACCCCCACCGACGACAGCUUCAUACCCAGAGUGACGGUGAACCCCGACUUCUCCUUCGGGGCCGUCAGGAAAGCUGUGGCUGAGAUCAAGGACCGCCUGGAGGAGUUUGGCAGAGAGGAGCUGCACAAGAUCUCCAAGUCAGUGAACGAGGUCCCCGUGUACACGACGGAGAGUCGGACAUUGGACAGAAGGAGCAGAGGCAAAGAAGUGACCGUGGACAGCGCGCCUCCUCCUGAACCAAAGAGCAGGGCCGAUUUUGUGAAAUACUUCUGCCAGCUGAAACUGGACCCCAACACAGCCUACAAGGAGCUGUACAUCUCUGAGAGCAGCAGGAAGGUCAUCCGCACCAGGGACCUGCAGCCCUACGGAGAGAACUCGGAGAGGUUCGACAGCUUUGCCCAGGUGCUUUGCCGGGAAGCCCUGUCCGGAGGCCGCUUCUACUGGGAGAUCGAGUGGAGCGGGGAGUUUUCCAUCGGCGUGGCCUACAGGGGCAUCAGCCGGAAGGGCAAAGGCUCGCUGUGUCUGCUGGGCUACAACGAUAAAUCCUGGAGCCUCCUCUGCUCCGACUCGGGCUACUCUGCUUGGCACAACCGGGUGGACAAAGCCAUCAGCGCCCCCCACUCCCCCAGGAUAGGCGUGUACCUGGACCACACGGCGGGCGUGCUGGCGUUUUAUAGCAUAGGCAACAGCAUGACCCUCCUGCACAGGUUUGAGACCACGUUCGUCGAGCCCCUCUAUCCGGGCUUUGGAGUCGGAACCUCGGUCAAGAUCUGCAAUCUUAAGUGAACACUGAUGUUCGAGCAUUUGAAAGUCUGAAUUUUUAUCUUUUUUGUCUCGCAUACAAACCAGAUUCCAAAAAAAGUUGGGACACUGGAAAAUAACAACACAACAAAAUGUGAUAAUUUGCUACUUCUUUCUGACAUUGAGUCAACUGAAAAACAGUGCAAGGACAAUAUGUAUGCCUAAUGUUUUACCUUCACCUUCAUUGAUUUUUUUGUUGUUGUUGUUGUUAAAAUAUGCUUUUGAAUUUCAUCCCAGCAACGUGUUUCAAACAAGUUGGGUGAGGGGCGGCAAAACACUGGGAAUGUUACUACUCUGUGAAACGCAUUAUUGUACUACAGAAACACUUAUAUUGUCCGAAAACAUAGUUCAGAGUUUUAAUUAUUUUUUUUUUGCUCGUUUGUUUUCUACUGGAUCCAAACUUUUAUGGAAUCAGAGUUGUAAUAUACAGCAGUGCUUUUGGAAUAUAUAUUUUUUUCAACAUUUUUAAACUGUACCAAACCACGCUGAUGAAGUUGUAUUUCUUAUUUUUGAAGAGAAAUGUUUCUCCAAAAAAUUAUAUAUAUACUCUUUUUUUUUUCUUCUUUAACUCCACACAUCACAUAUCGUGUUCUGCAUGGUGCUGUUGGAUCUGAUGACAUUUUUGAAAUACAUUAUUGCUACACAAUCACACAAAUACAAUAUACAGAGAAGUGUUAUCUUGCCUCGCAUCUGAUAAUAACUGCUGGAUAAUAUUUGAACAUGCACUGAUCUGAUUGACAGUCCUGUUCUCUGUUCCCACUGAUAGACGUAACAUCACAACCAUUACUUCACACAGGGCGUGACGCUUGUCAAGUGAUGAUGUUAUUAAAUGCCAUAAAGGAUGUAACAUGAGAUAACUUAAGGUGUAUUUGCUCAUGGUUGCUCAUUACAAUCUUACAUGAUUCAUCUAAAUUAUACUGCUCAGGUAUGACCUGUAUGAGAAUUACCGUAAUGCUCUUGUUGGUGCAUUUACAAGUAUUGUUAUGUCUCCAACUCACCAGGAAAAAAACAUUUCAUCAUGUUUUAAUAUUAUCUGAUAGUUGCCAUAUCAGUUGCUGAGUUUUUAGUGUUUUCACUUGAACUAACCUUUAUUUAAUUGUAUGUAUGUUUACUUAUAUAAUGGACCACCAGAGUAUGAUAUCAAGAAAAGACUUGUUUUGUAACAAAAUUGUUCAACAGUUCUCAAUAAAAGAGCUCAACGAAUGAACCGA